UUCGCGAAAAUUACGUAUUGUUAGAGUAUAUUAUUUUUUCAUCCUCAUUCCUGUAAACAAUCGAAUGAAUCAGCUGUAGACGUACUGAAACUGCGCUCUACCACUAUCCACAAGUAAAAUAUACUGGGACGUGUGACAACCUUUUUAAACCAGACACGAAAACUCUAAUAAAAAAAUGUCCAGCACAUAUGAUGCAUCCCUGGCGGAGCUCAUAGUGUACUAAAUCGGACAACAUAACCCUCAGUAUUCUGAAGUCAAUCGACCUAUGAAUUUCGUGCAUUUUCUUAUAGAAUCAUCAAUUAAGCUAUUAAAUUGUACAAUAUUAAAAUUCUUAUUAUCUAACGGCAUAUUCGUAAGGAAUCGUAAUCUACAGUGUUAAAUGAUAAAACAGGAUACAAAAAUAGAAAUAUGACUUUUCAAGUUGCCAUAUAAGCUCUAUUGAGAGUUACAUAUCAUUUUCUGAACAAGGCAUUAAGCAAAGUUAACAUUUCCAAGGCAGUUAACAAUCAUAAUUACAACAUGUCAAGUAUAAAGGAAUUGCCUGAGCUACAAGUCUUCAAAACAGUAUUAUUUCAUUGUGUAGUCAUAAUAGCCUUACCUGUAUUAUCAUUUUUUACUAGCAAGAUAUUUAUCUUUGAUGGUUUAUUGGGGCUGAAUCAUGUGCCAAGCAAUGUAUAUUCAGCAGGAGUCGCGAUUCUCGUGUUACACGUGGCUCUCGGAGCAUUUAUAUACCGUGCAUACUUUGAUGAUCAAACAAAAACACAAACGAAACAAGACUAAGCCUUCUUUUGUGUUUCACAUAUAUACGGAAAAUAUCAAGGAAUAUCAAAUAAUAAUUAUCCAGAUCAAAGAUAGAGUUUGUACCAAUAUGAGUUUGAGGAUACGUUGGUGGCGGGGCACUGUAACUGGCAGUCAGUGUAAGCGGAUUUGAUCGAUAAAAUGUCAACAUUUUUGAGAAUGGUACAGCAUGAUUAUGACCAAAUACUUCCAUUACACUGAAAUAGUAAGGCGUCGCAUAAUUAAAAAAAUUGUUCUCAAUUAAUUUUAAAUACGUUGUAAAAUAAAACAUACCAUUCUUCGUUUUGAUUAUUAUUCCAUUUUAACGUGAUUGGAUAUGGUUGAAUAUCUGUCACAGAAAAAUCGCGAACUCUUACAGCAGGACUUAACAUUGCACACUGGAGUGCGCAACCUCUCGAAACAGCUUCAUCUUGAUUCAAUGUUGUAGAGACAGGACGAUUAAAAACUUCUUCUACCAAACGUUUAAUAGCGGGAACACGACUGGAACCUCCCACUAAUUCUAUCGAAUGAAUUUCUUCCAAUUUCAGUUCUGUAAAAAACAUUAUGAAUUAAUGUACUGUUUAAAAAUAUAUCUUAUGUUAAUUUAACCUUUUGUGUCCUGAAUGGUUAUUUUUAUCUUUUAUUGUAAUCUUCAUUCUACAGACCUACUUCAAGACUAUAGAUAAGUUGAAUUUUUCUAGAAUAUUUUUUAUUGUUCCUUGAAAGGAUAAGUUGAACUUUGUUAAAAAAUUUUGUCCGUAUAUUAAACAGGUAGAAUAAGGAGGGUUAAAGCAUUUAUUUUAUAUGCUGUUUUCGGUUUUCUCUCUUUGUAAUGGACUGUGAUAUAGUUAAAGUAAAUUAAAUUUCGUAAGAAGUGUAGGCAUAUAUAAAUCACUGUGGCACAUUAAUAAAAAUAAUAUCUUAAAGUACCAUAAGGACAUUGAAGGUUAAACAAUAUAUGGUAGACAUAGAACUUACUGGAGUCUUCAAGGCACUUCCGCAAAGUGGAUUCCACGCGUUUAAACAAAUGAGCGCACAUUGCUUCCAUGUCUGCACGUUUCAUGGUGCCAUGUACAUCUUUUUCAUCCAUGAAACAUUCAAUAUUUAGAGGAAGUGUUGUUGAAUUGGCUGACAUCUGUUUCUUCAACUUCUCUACCUCUGCUAGUAACCUUACAUAUGCACGUGGACUGCCACGUGCAUCAAUAUUAUAA